UCGAACCUUUUUCUGCAUAACAAUGUCACCCAGCUUCCUGUUUGAACCUCCCAGCGACGAAGAAAUCGAACACUCGGAACACGAAGAAGAAGCUGAAUCUGAAUCUGAACCUGAACCAGAAUCAGAAUCAGAAUCAGAAUCAGAAGAACAUAAGGAAGCACGAGUUUCAAAGAAGAAAACGCAGUCUCCAUGGGACUUCGCCAAAUAUUCGGAAUCUGUCGCCGAGGAGCACGCUCGCCGGAGCACAACCUCCGUCGACGAGAAAAUCUCCAAAGCCCUCAGACAACGUUCCACGCCGCUCGUUGCAGUGCCCGACCAAGACCACGACAGCUCUGAUUCCGAACCCGACCAACAAGAAGAUUAUAGAGAGGAAGAAGAAGAUGAAGAAGAGGGUAAUGGUGGUGAUAGCAAGUCCUUUUUUGCUCCUUCUGAUGGAGCCUCUUUCCAUGCUGAUUCCUUCUUACAGCUCAAUUUGUCUCGCCCGUUGCUCCGGGCUUGUGAGGCCUUGGGGUAUGCAAAACCAACACCAAUUCAGGCGGCAUGUGUACCAUUGGCAUUGACUGGUCGUGAUAUAUGUGGAAGUGCCAUUACUGGAUCGGGGAAGACGGCUGCAUUUGCACUGCCUACUUUAGAGAGGUUGUUGUUCCGUCCAAAACGCAUGCAUGCAAUAAGGGUCCUCAUUCUUACUCCAACCAGAGAAUUGGCUGUCCAAGUUCACAGUAUGAUAGAGAAGCUUGCUCAGUUUACUGAUAUAAGGUGUUGCCUGGUUGUUGGGGGUCUGUCAACAAAGGUGCAAGAGGCUGCCUUGAGAUCAAUGCCAGACAUUGUUGUGGCUACUCCAGGACGCAUGAUAGAUCAUUUACGCAAUUCUAUGUCGGUGGAUUUGGAUGACCUUGCUGUUCUAAUCCUUGAUGAGGCAGAUCGUCUUUUGGAGCUUGGAUUUAAUGCUGAAAUUAAUGAACUUGUUCGCUUGUGUCCCAAAAAAAGGCAGACCAUGCUAUUUUCCGCAACCAUGACUGAGGAGGUUGACGAACUUAUUAAACUUUCUCUGUCUAAACCCUUGCGUCUUUCUGCUGACCCAUCUACUAAACGGCCAGCUACCUUGACUGAGGAGGUGGUUAGAAUACGGAGAAUGCGUGAAGUAAAUCAGGAAGCAGUUCUUCUGGCAAUGUGCACCAAAACUUUCACUUCUAAAGUUAUCAUCUUCAGUGGAACAAAGCAAGCUGCGCAUAGAUUGAAGAUUAUGUUUGGUUUAGCUGGCUUGAAAGCUGCUGAGCUUCAUGGAAAUCUUACUCAAGCCCAGCGCCUUGAAGCUUUGGAACAGUUCAGGAAGCAGCAAGUGGAGUUUUUGGUUGCAACUGAUGUGGCUGCUCGUGGCCUUGACAUUAUUGGUGUUCAAACGGUUAUCAACUUUGCAUGUCCGCGUGAUCUUACCAGCUAUGUUCAUCGAGUGGGUCGUACAGCAAGAGCUGGAAGAGAAGGAUAUGCUGUCACAUUUGUGACUGAUAAUGACCGGUCUCUUUUAAAAGCCAUUGCAAAGAGGGCGGGUUCAAAGCUGAAAAGCCGCAUUGUUGCAGAGCAAUCUAUACUUAAGUGGUCUCAUAUAAUUGAGCAAAUGGAGGAUCAAAUUGCUGAUGUACUUCAAGAAGAGAGGGAAGAAAGAGUCCUAAGGAAAGCUGAAAUGGAGGCCACAAAGGCUGAAAACAUGAUUGCACAUAAGGAAGAAAUCUAUUCCCGCCCCAAAAGAACAUGGUUUGUCACAGAGAAGGAGAAGAAGCUUGUUGCGAAAGCAGCCAAGGCAUCCAUGGAUAAGGAAAAGGGUUCUAGGAAGGAGGUAAUUAGUGCCCAACAAGCUGAUGACCUCAGAACGAAGGAAAAGAGGAAGCGAGAGCGAGAGAAAAAUUUGCCUAGAAAGAAGCGUAGAAAAUUGGAAGCAGCUAGAGAGAUGUUGGAAGAUGAGGGACAGGAUGACAAGCCAGGAGAAGCUAAGGGGUCAGAUAAGAAAGAAAAGGGUGGAAUGUCACUUGUUGAUCUUGCUUACCGACGAGCAAAAGCAGUGAAGGCUGUCAAGAAGGCGUUAGAUGCUGGCAAGAUUGUGAAGAAGAGUACAAAGAAACCUAAUCAUCCUUCCCGAAAGGCUACUUCAAGGACUGAAGAGAUGCGGGAGCUAUUCCAGACUGACAUGAAGGAUAAAAAGCCCAAAAAGAGAGGUGUUGGUGAAGGAAAGAAGUCCAAGAGUUCAUUCAAAAGCAAGUCAAGGUACAAGCGCAAGUAGUCUGUGAGGCUAGUAAUCCUUUCCAUAAAAAUGUGCAUGGAAGGACCAUAAACCUGCAAUACAUGUUCUUGUUGUUGACCUGAGAUGUAUUCAAAUGCUAAUACCAUAUCCAAUCCACUAUUGGAGUUGUGUUUAAAUGAGCCUCCACCUGUCAAUAUCAGCUGAAGCCAUGGCGUUUUUUUUUUUUGAGCAUCGUGACAGGUGUGUCAUCAAUGUGGGGGAUGGUGGCAGUAACUACUACUGCUAAUACCCGUUUUCAUUAUUAUUAUUGUGUCGAUUGUAUCUUGAUUCUUAUGCCAAUUGGACUAGUAGUUAAGCAACAUAUAUUAAUAGCUGCUCAAUUUUGUAACCAAA